AUCAGUUUGCAGCACACUCCUAAAUUCCUGAUUCUCUGCUCCGGUUUACUCUCUACCCGUCGCAACCUGGCUGGCUGUUCCCUGCGCUGUUGUUGAUGUGCCAUGACGGAUUAACGGUUUCCACUACGCUAAGUGCUUUCCAAGCACUUGCUUCGAGACUCGCACAGAGCGGUAUUCAGCCUAGAAGAUGGCACCGCGGAAAGGUACCCGGAGGGCUUGUGAUCCUUGCUCUGUUCGCAAGGUCAGGUGCAACGGCGAUCACCCAUGUUCACGGUGUAUAGCAGCAUCUUGGGAGUGCACGUAUCUCAAGACGCACGGAAAAUCUGGACCAAAGGGACCGCGGCGAACGACUGAAGCUGCAAUUCGAAGGCUUCAGGAACGCAAUAGGUCAGAUAUAGGCCGGUCAAGGAGCGAGAGCGAAGCAAGUAUUGACGAUGGAAGCCCAAGCAUAAUUGAUUUUCCUCUUUUGGAUUCGUUACCGCCGACAAGUGAUCCGGAUUAUGAUGCGAGGUUGAAUGGUAUCGACUGGCCAGAUACCAUAGCAAGUCCAACAUUUCCCGGUGCCCAGAGGGAACCCGAGAGGAUAUCCAUUUCUUCAGUAGGGCAUUACCUCGACAUCUACCAAACCAGAGGUUAUGCUAUAUGGCCAGUUGUAGACACAGAAGCACUCUUGGCUCGAAUUCUGACUCACCAAGAAGAUAUGGAAGCAUAUGGUCUCUCUAUGGCUGUAUGCGCUGCCACCAUCAGCCAGUUCCAGAUCGAUGCUGAAUCUGGGAGUGCAGUCGAAGGGCAUUACCGAAUUUCCAGCGGACUCUUUGAAAUGGAAGCGAAGCGUGCGCGGAAGGCCUUUGACCAUAUGGAACAUGUGACAAUAUGGUCGUUGUUAAGCAGCUUUUUCCUCCACGUGUACUCCGCGAACAUUGGGCGAAUGUCUGCAUCGACAGUCUUUCUUGGCGAAGCUAUCACAAAGGCGCACAUGAUUGGGCUGCAUCAGCUUUCGUACUAUCAGCCAAUAGACGUUGAACAACAGCAACAUAACUUGAGGAUAUAUUGGCUCUUGUUCAUAACAGAAAGGGCACACUCCAUCCAACAUGACAUGCCCAUCAUGUUAAGACGAGCGCCUGACCUACCUCCAUUAGAAGAUUUGAAGGAUGGUACCGUGACUCCCGCGUUCGUUCAGCUCUGCCGUCUCUUCAACAUCCUCGACAUGACUAUUACCGCAGGUCCUUCCGGCGCAAGACAAGCUCUUGCAUUGGCACAACAACAACUUAACGAUGAUGUUGCAUCACAGAGUUUGAACAAUGAAAUCCAGCGUGCAGAUAUUUCGAUCACACAGCAAUGGAUGCGAGUUUUCCUGUGGCAACAUGCCUUAAGUGUGACUAAUCUAAGGUCCACGAAUGAGAAUGAUGAAUUCUCCUUCUCGUUUCCGGCAAAGGUCGCGCAGAAUGUUCUUAGAUAUAUGAGCAGUCUGUCAAGAGAAAGCCUAGAAGCUCAUGGGCCGGGGAUGGAAACCAAACUUUUUGACAUCGCUAAUUCGCUCGCCGAUGUUAUGAUCUGUGUGCCUGCCAUUAAUCACGAAUCGCAUUUUUGGAUCGGUCCAAGAGACCUAAUUCACUCACUGUCUUCUCUCCUUGCCUCUUUCAGAGGCGGCAAUCCAGCAGUCAUCAGAAUCCUCCAAGAGAAAUUGACAACUUUAGGACUUUGGGUAUCCUCCCCUCAAAAAUUAAUCGACAUAUCUUCAUCUGAAGACGAACACGAAGACUGGGGCGGAAAUCAACGAUCUUUGGUAUGGAGUGAGAAUGUUUUAAUACCACCCAUGCAGGAGUUCCCAUCGAGAAUGAACACUACUUUAUGAAUGGCGCUUGCUUGUGAUUCUAUUGCCGUCAUCCAUUGCCAUACCUCAGCAUCUCCAGCUAUAUCUUGCUAUUAUUAUUUUAUUUUGCUACGCGUGUAAAUCUUUAGUUCUUGUGUGUUUCUGAUGAUAUUCUCCGGCUCAAUUGGGCUGGAUUGUGUACAUUACACUUGGCAACGGCCUGGUAACGGUUGCAAUACCCCAAUCGCGUAUGCAUCUCUCCCGCAAUUUUGGCAGCAUCAUUUUCAGUAUCUCAUCGUCU